AUGACAGAGUUAGUCGAGGAUGUAGUUUUGGAGAAGUCUGCAGGGGAUUCUAGUGGUGCUGGACAAUUGGACGAGGCUCAUGCAUGGGAGGCUGAUUACACUAAGAGUUGGAUCAACAUCACCAAAGACCAGCACGGCAAACUGGUAGUGCGAGACGAAGCCUCCAUUGCUCGGAAAUACCCGCGGAACUACGAUGGUGUCCUGCCAGUCUCAGCUGGUGAGGAUGGCGAACUAGUCCAUAAGCAGUCAAUGGCUUUGAAGAGAGGCUUACUACGGUUCCUGUACUUGGUAGUGGAUAUGAGCUCUGCUAUGCAGAAUAUGGAUUACAAACAGAAUAGGUUAGAUUUCGUAGUAUCGCAUCUUUGUCGUAAUUUCAUCCCCCAAUACUUCGACCUCAACCCUAUCAGUAACCUGUCCGUCCUUGCAUUACGAGACCAGAGGGCUCACUUCGUCACGCGUAUGUCGGGCCAACCGGCCUCCCAAAUGGAGCGAGUCCUCCAGUUCUCCACUGGUGGGGCCUCAGGCUCAGCAUCCCUCGUCAAUGCACUUGAAGCAGUGGGUCAGGCUGCUAAAGGGAGUCUACCUCGUUAUGGUGAUAUAUAG